AUGAUUCCUCAAAUGAUUUUCAACGAUAACGACUUUCAAGACGACUUCCUCCUUCAUUCGCUCGUGGAAGACUUCAAUAGCAGCGACGGUGCCCUGACCACCAUCUCUGACGAAUCUUUGCCCGAUCUUCUUAUGGACGACAACAGGAGUUUCGAAGGCUUCUCUGAAGAACCAACUCCAUAUGAUGUCCUUUGCGGGCAAUCCCGAGCAUGUGCCAACCACAGCGGAAACAAGAGAUUCCAAGCUACUUUGGACAUGUAUGCCUCUAAAUAUGACGCUGCCAAGAGCAAGCAAGAAAAGAUGACGUUGACCAAGGAAAUUGUUGGAUGCAUUGCUGCCAAUGGUGGAAGAUUCCUCAAGUUCAAGAACAACAAGUGGGUCGAAAUUGCCAACGUUACAGCCCGUGACAAGGUCAGCCAUGCUCUUCGUACCAAGGUCCAAUCUUGGAAGCGUCAGCAAGGAAGCUCCUCGUCAAAGAAGGCCCCCUCCAUUCGCAAGCGUCGCCACAUCCGACGAAGCACACCAUCUGCAUCCACCCCCAGCUUGACCGAAUGCAAAGCAGUCUCGUUUGAUGGAAGCACCUCCUCUGCGGCUUCUGUAAUGGAUGAACUUCUCCGAACUCAACGAGAUAUUUUCGAAAAGCUGACUCAAGCGGAUGAAAUGCAUCCACUGAAGUAA